UCACCAGCUAAAUCUUCUAGAUUCAUGAUUUCCACCAAAGGGUGUUUUAUUUUGAAAGUGACUACCGGAAGCUUUAUUUUUUUCAAAUCCAUCAAGCUUGACACUGAUCUUUCCAAAAACCCCGUGAUAUCCAAAACAACAUAACAAAGUGGGGGAAACAUGGCGAGCGGAGAGGAGGCCAGAAGACGCCCCUCGGUUACCUCGUCUUCGGUCGGCCUGGAGGCUCUCUUCCCUGCUGGGUCAUCGGAGCAGGCCAGCGGGGACGUAAACCCGGAGCUCGUCCGCCUGCGGGAGCGUCUUCAGGGUUGGCUAUCGCAGUAUGAGCCCCUGCUGCUAUGGGUGCAGAGGCUCCUGGUCUGGGAGAGGCCGUUGUACAGCAUCUCUGUCGCCCUGACACUCAACACUUUAUUCUGGCUCCUGUCAUCCACCUCCCUGCGGCCUCUGUUCCUGUUGAGUAUGUCCCUGCUGGGACUAAUGCUACUGGAGAGAUGGAAGCCCAAGUUGCCCAUCAUUACUGUUCAGCAUGCAGAGGCUCACCCUGUACAAAGUGAAACAAUGAGCGGGGAGCAGCGUCUGCUCAGCAUCCCUGAGCUCAGCCACCACCUGGCAGAGAGCUACCUGACCUGCUGCCUGUACUUGCAGGAGAUGCUGCAGUACAAACGGCAAAACCAUGGCAAGUUCUGCAUGAUGAUGUGCAGUGGCUGUUUUGUUCUUGCUGUGGUGGGACAUUAUGUACCAGGAAUCAUGAUCUCCUAUAUUAUAGUCCUGAGUGUGCUGUUGUGGCCGCUGGUGGUGUACCAUGAGCUGAUCCAGAGGAUGUACACGGGCUUGGAGCCAAUCCUGAUGAAGCUGGACUACAGCAUGAAGGGAGAUACAGAGCACCGCAAGCACGACAAGAGGAAGGUGAAGAAGGAGAUGGAUGAGGGGGAUGAGCCAAGAGCUGAAACGGAGAGCGAGAGUGAGGAGGAGCUGUCCUGUUUCGCCCCGACGGUGGAUGUGAAGACCACGGCUCUGGCGAUGGCCAUCACAGACUCAGAGUUAUCAGAUGAGGAGGCUUCCAUCUUGGAGAGUGGAGGCUUCUCUGUGUCCAGAGCCACCACUCCUCAACUCACUGACUUCUCUGAAGAUCUGGAUCAGCAGAGUUUACACAGUGACCCAGAGGAGUCCUACCUGCGGGAUCUCCCUGAGUUCCCCUCAGUUGAGGAGUUCCCGUCCAUGGAGCACAACCUGCUCCACUUCCCUCUGCGAGGCCCCAGCCAGGGUGACGGAGCCCAGGCAGCUGCUCAAUCAGAGGGGGAACUGUUGAGCCCCGCCAGCCUCCUUAUCCAGCACCUAGCAUCUCCGCUCCACUUUGUGAACACGCACUUCAACGGACAUGGACGGCCCCCUGGGGGUGAGCAAGGAGUGUUGCCCGUGCCAGCUGCAGGAGAGGAAGCAGGGAAGCAGGGGGGAGAGGAGAAGGUAGCUCAGGGCGCACAGCGCUCCUUGGAGGCCUUGAGCGAGGAGAUAGUGAGCACAGCCAUCUCCACUGUGGUGCAGAACACUCUGUCAGCCCUCCUGCGCUCCAGUGAGGCCAGCGAGGAGCCCUCCCUGGCUGAGUUCCUGCCCACUGAAACCCCACCAGGUGCUCUGGAGACCGCCACCCAACCAACCGACGCCACUGCUGACACUACAAUUGCUACAGUAGGGGCACUGGGGGCUGAUGAGGACCUGGAUGAGGCGAUUACGAAAGAGAGCGGCGACGGCGAGGAGAUACCUGACGACACACUAGUUCCAACCGAGGAAGAGGACUUUGAGCUUCUGGACCAAAGUGAACUGGAGCUGUUGGAUGAAGGGCUGGGCCUUAGCUCUGAUAGACAGGUGGUGGGAGGAGCCUCAGGAGCCCCAGAGACACCUCCAUCUCCUAAGCAUCAACCACAGUCAUAGCUUCCCUUUUGCCUCCCCCUGCCCCCACCCCCAGCUGUUUUGUUUUUAUUUGUACAUUACAUUAUAUCCAUACAUACUGCUAUAUACAAAACAUUUAUUAAAGAGUUUGUCAUUUAAUACUGUCGGUUGAUGAUUGCGUGGCAGAUGGUUGAGAUUACUCUUCAUCGCCUCUCAUUACAAGGGUCUGUUCAGCCUCGGUAUCUGAGUUGUUUCUAGUCCAACACCAUCACAUUAACAGUAUCAUCAGCUACUAUCAAUUGGCACUCACAACAAUACAGCUUUGAUCUGUAUACGUAAAUACACAAAUAGAGCAAAGAAUCAUCAGUAAUGCAUUUACAGUAGAGUUGUUUUGUGGUGUUAUUCUGCCUGCAGGCCUGAUAGAAUCUGGUUUUGCUUGACCAUAUAGCAUCGAAAUUUGCUUGAUAAAUUAGCAACAAAUUUCUCACUGAGGGAAAAAGUUGUCUACGGUUAGUCUCAUGUUGCAGUAACGAUGCCUUUAUUUUCUACCUUGGCAAACCCUUCCACCCUGCUCUCGUUCAGAAGCAGAUGUUUAUCCCAGUGGUGUUAUGAAGAGUUGACUUGUUGGAUUAUAUAACUAUUAAUAUAUGCUAUAAAUUAUUUAAUUUAACAGUCAGUCGGUGAAACUUUAUUGUUGAGCUGAUGGGAGAGUUGCCCAAGUCAGAGUUGCCCAUAAUGAUUGUAUAAUUGUUUUAAUGAUGACGCCGUGGACGUGCAGGUUUGAAAUGUAGUUACGUAUUCCCAGAGUUAGUAAAACAGUAAUAUUGUCCUUCACUUUAUCUGUACUUCCAAGAUCUCCAGCAUUACAGUUUGGACAGGUGCAUUCAGUCAUUUGUGAUCUUUCACUUGUUGCCUGGAAAUGGAAAUUAAAACAUUGUUGGAUGUUGACAAUUAGUAGAUCUUUACCAAACACAUAAGUGACAUUGGUGUGGUACGCUAAAAGAAAUGUUCCUGAAUUCCCUCCUGUGACUGUUGCCUCAUUUUUAUUAAUUUUUUGUGAACAGAAUUUUAUUUCAUACAUCCAUAUGUAAUUGAAUUUCUUCUUGGUCUUUGUUGAAAAACACAGGCUUCUUGUGAGAGGCCCAUCUAUACCCAACUAUUUGUACAUGUAUAGUCAUCACUGGGAUAUGUACAUAAUAUUUACCAAAUAACCUCCUUUGUGCCAUGACAAGUCCAUGCAUGCCAUGCAUCACGCAUGUAUUUACCAUGAUCAAUAAUUGAGGUUUCAAAAGAGUGUUAUUUUUACUGGAGCAGAUUUUCUUUCAGUUCGUUAAAAUACACAUGUAUGUGUCUGGCCGCUGCAGGGGAUUUGUGGAAAAUUGCUGACAUGACAAAAAGAAAUCUAGCACUACGCUUGACUGUAUGAAAAGGCCGGUUUUGCUUUUGUAAACCACUCAGCAUCCAAAUCUCAGGGGUGGGUUGUACAAAUUGAGUAUAGCAUUGCAGAAGAUGUGUCCAUUUCCCGACUUGUCGUAGUGCACUGUAUUUGUACUAAUCUUUCCUUUUUCCAGUCAAUGCCUCCUUGUGUAUAGUGUAGAAAUGCUAUAAAAGAAUGUGUAUAUUCUGCAUGUAAAAACAGCACCAUGUUCAAGUUCUCCUUGUCAACUGACAAAGUACCGCACAAUUUGUAAGAAAAAAAAAAAACCAAUUUGAAUGUUUCAGG